GAUAAGGGCAGUUAACCUACCUACUUACUAUGAUAAAUCAAAUCCAUAGAAUACCAUAGUACUUAUUAAAUCUGUGUCAGCUUUCAUAAGUCUUUCAAUAAAUUGUCUUUCAUAGACAUGUCGUAUAAGUAUCAUAUGAUAUUUAUAAGAUUUCAAGAUAAUUCUAUCAACCAUCUAAUAUUGAAAAGAAAACGUAAAUUAUUUCACUAAUAAACGAGAAGUAGAACAUUCUGGAAAUGAUCUGUGUUAUAGAAGCAUGAACAAUGCUAGCUGGUGAACAAAAAAACCCUCCAGAUCCUGGUUUCUGGACUGAAACUUCGUUAAUCCAGCUAGGUUAUGGCAUAUGGGUGAACUCGGGGAUGAUUAUAAUAGGAUUUGCAUUUGGAUUCUUAGCAGUAGCAAUACCGCAGCUAAGAUCUCCAGAUUCGCAAAUAAAAGUCACGGUUAGUGACGAAUCAUGGAUUGCUAGUGUUGUGACGUUAGUAUCUCCGAUCGGAUGUGUUCUAGGCGGUUAUCUGAUAGACAAGUUUGGACGCCGCUGUAUGCUCAUCUACGGCCAAUUACCUGUUUGCUUGGGAUGGUUCUACACGGGUUUUGCACGAUCUGCCAACGACAUUAUGAUAGGUGGAAUAACCACAGGAAUAGGAAUGGGAAUAAUUAUGAGUGUUCCUAGAGUGUAUCUGAUGGAAAUCUCUUUACCCAAUAUGAGAGGAGUGCUUGGUUCCUUCGCCAAUAUCGCCAUUUCGAUCGGCAUUACUGCACAGGCUGGAUUAGGAUCAAUAUUCAAGUGGUCCACACUUUGCUAUAUAAACAGUGCUUUUUCAUUGACGUUAUUCGUUCUCAAUUUCGGUCUACCGGAGACGCCGUACUACUUGCUUAAAACUUCAGUGGAACGUGCCAAAGCUUCUUUGAAGAGAAUCAGGUCUAAGAAAUAUAAUAUUGCAGCUGAGAUGGACAAGCUUAUUGAAUUCAAGAGGGAAAACGAUAUUCACAAAUUAAGUUUUAAGGAACAAUUGCUUAUAUUAUUUAAGAAGUCUACAUGCAAAGCAUUCUGGUUGAUUGUAACCUAUAUGUUUAUAAUGCAAUGCUCGGGAGUAACGGUGGUCGCCAUGUGGACUGUAGAAAUGUUAAAGAAUUCCAAAUCAUCCGUGGAUGCCCACGUCGGUAAUGUGAUUUUGGGUUUCACGAGAGUUGUAGGAGGCAUAUGCACUUCAGUACUUAUGUUCAAAUUAAGGAGAAGAGUCAUGGCACUUAGUUCAGGGUUAGGUGUUGGAACAGCCUGUAUACUGUUAUGCUUUCUGAUAAAGGAGGCAAAGCAACCAACAGUGGUGCCGCUCAUUUUGUAUGUGGUAUACAUUUUAUCAGCUACCUUGGGUCAUUACACAUUACCAGUUCUUAUGAUGAAUGAACUUUAUCCUUUACAAGUAAGAGGAUUACUAGGUGGGAUAUCAUCUUCGUCUCUAAAUGUAAUUAUAUCAGGUGCUAAUUGGGCCUACCCUCAUAGCCGUGAUAGUAUUGGCUUUGCUAACACAAUAUUAUGCUUUGGAGUUUGCUCUUUAGCAGGUUGUGUGUUUUUAUACAUUUUUCUGCCUGAAACAAAAGGCCUGACUCUGCAGCAGACAGAAGCGUAUUACAAAAGUAAACACUGAUCCCAAAAUGAACAUUUCCUUAUUUAUAAGUUAAGUGUAAAAUUAAUAUGAGUGCAUUUAUUGUCAUUGCU